AUGCGGCCCCCCACCCGCAGCGAGUUCCGCUUCUCCGUCGCCGGCAAGCGCAAGCGCUCGCCGGAGUUCCCCUGCGUGUCGCGCUUCCGGCAGCGGCGGCUCAUCUCCUUCCUCGGGCACCACAACUUCAACCGCACCGUGGAUGUGUUGGUGACCCAGACGGACGUGUUCCUGUGCCUGAAGCACAUGGCCGAGCUGGUGGACGCGGGCUCCUGGGACAAGGCCAUCGACUACCUCUCCCGCUUCCUGCCCUCCGACCGCCCGCUCGGCGUCCACGGCCGCGCCCUCUUCCACUACCUCCGCGUGCACAAGGCCAUCGACGACGUGCUCGCCGGAGCCCCGGAGGCCCGCUCCGUCACCACCGCCCUCGACCAGUGCAUCAUCCGCCACCCCACCAAGAGCCACGCCCUCACCAGGCUCCGCGCCAUCUUCUCCUCCCUCCUCUGCUCCAAGAGAUACAGGGCUGUCCUGGACAUAGAGCGCGUGAGGCACGAGGCUAAACUGACUAUCGUCGACUUGGUUUGUAAGACUCCAGAGUUGAAAGACCAUAUGCGACCCGCCCGCGGCUCAAUGGAACCCCAGAACGUGCUUCCCAUUGGCUUCGGCUACGCUUGUUUCCGUCCGAGGCGCCACGUGAAGAAACGAGGCGGCCGGAUCCCGGCGUCUGUGCUUGGCAGGCUUUAUCUUGAGAAGAAGAAGAAGAUGCUGCCUUCUUUGACUUCAGACCAUCACUCCCAGGAGUUAACUCGUGAGUCAUUAAUUAAGGCCAAGGAAUGGCUUGUGGAUCUUGUUGAGAUAAGUUUGGAAACCGGCAAGAUGAGUGAAGCGGAACUGACUCAAUCUGCCUCUAACAAAGGUGGUCCGGUUACUCCAGUCUCACGGACUAAUCUUGCUACCUUCAAAGUGGUUACUAAUCGUACAUUAUUCCGCAAGGCAAAAGAAUGGAUGGUAUAUUUUACAGAGGAAUGUUUGAAAGCUUGGCCAGACGCGAGUCAAGAUGAUCUACCUCAACUUUUUUGUAAGGAUGGUGAUCCUGAUGGCACAGUCUCCCGUACAGUGCCUGGUAGCUUGACUAGUCUUGCUGAAAAUUCAGCGAUUGCAUCAGUCAAAAAGCCAGAUGCUCUAUUCUCGCCAACCAUGCUUGGUACCUUGACAAAUCCUGCUGAAGACUCUGGGAUGUCAUCAGUGACAAAUGCAGGUGCAUAUAAAUCUUUGAGUGAAGAAUAUUUUUCCAGUUCAAGGAAGAAUCCAAGGAUGGAACUGGCAACUAUUAGACGGACAACUCUGGUAAGAUACUGGAUUUUGGUGCUCAUUUCUGUCAGCAAAAUGACAACUUAG